AUGAAGCAUGACUCGGCAUUAUCACCACUCCGACUAUAUGACAUCAAGUCGAAAAAAUAUGCCAAGCCUCAAGCACGAGACACACUUCGGACAUCGGCCAAACAAAUUAUGCCAUUGGCAAAUAAGAGCAGUAGCGAUGUUAACAAAAAGGAAGGGAAAGGGGAGCUUAAAACAAGACAAUUACAAUUACAAUUACAGCAGGAAUCCCAGUCUUCUAGCGCGUCCUCUCUUACACGGGCAGGUACCGCUCUGUCAAAUCUGGUAAAAGACUCCUCCUUCUCCCCUACCAUUGCCAAGCAAGAUCUGCUACUAGUAACAAAAGACAAUAUGAAGAAAGCAGCUGACUUAUCAUCACUAUUCCUUGACACGAGAAACUUGCUCCAAAUGGACUGCAAUGUCCUUGACUCUACUGCGAAGGAUGCUUCAGCACAUCCACGAAAUAGUACAUCUGCUGUUGUGCCCAAAAUUUCCAGAAGCACAAUGAUAAGAGCAGAAAAAGUCAAAACCAUGAUAGCCGUGAAAUACUUGUUUAUUCAGAGGAUAUACGAAUGGCAAGAAGCAAAUGGCGCCAAUAAUGAACAUCCGGGUAUAGAAGGAGUAUAUAACCCGUUGCAGAUUUUAAGAAACAGAAAAAUCAGGGCUAAAUAUAAUGAGUACCCUAAACCCCUACAUUCUAAAACAAUACCAUUGGCAUGCAACGUGUUUAGUAAACAUAAUAGAUCUGACAAGCAUCACAAAAAAGACUGGCGAAUGUUAUGGGCAAUCGAGUUGAAUGAGUAUGUUGGAGACCCUCGUUGGAGAGUGAACCACUGGCAUGAGCUUAGAAAUCCAAAGGGCGAAUUAUGGUUUCCUCCUAAAGGCGGCAACGAAUCUCCCAAAACAGUUGUAAAGCGAAAGAAACAUAGGUUUAGACAUCGACUACAUGACAAAUUAUUUGAACUGUCGGAUGAAGAAGCGAGGUAUGACGAAAAAGAAAGAGAUAGAGAUAAAGAUGGACGUGAUUCCAAUAUGGUGGGUGCAUCUGAAGGCCGGAGAAGGCUCUCAAAUGAGCAAUCAACAGGUUCGGAAAGUGAUGUACACUUGGUAAAAGUGGGAAGGUCCAGAUCGCCUCAUAAGAGACGUUUGCGGUCGAAAGUGAAAAAGUUUUAUCAAGGAGACUCUUCGUCUUCCUCGAAUAUAUUGAAACAGCUUCUCACUACGGAGGAUUCUCGGCAUGAGACUUCUAAAGAAGCUUUGAACAUACCCUCUAUAGAGUUGAAUAUCGAUGACCUACAAAUAGUCGACGAACAUCAGCGAAAAGCUCAAGAUUCUGCACCGGCCAACAACGAAGACCAUGCAACUGUUCCCAUAAUUCGAAUUGAUCCAUCUGCAACAAACUCAAAGGAAUUCCAUGUUCAAGAUGUACAGUUUAAUCACUUACGACGAGAUACAAAACUGGAAGAUACUUCAGAAAACAACCUUUCUGAUAACAAUGACAAAGAAGAAGAAGAAGGUGGUGGUGGUGACAGCGGCACUAUUACUAAGGACACUAAUAGCACAAAAGUUGUUUAUCAAGGCGAGAAACACUUUUUGGAAAUUGCUACAUUUUUGGACUAUUUUCAUCAAUGUUGUUUGAACCGUAUGGAAUAUUUAUUAACUACCUAUCCCUUGUAUUUGCAGCUCCUCCAAAAAAAGAUUGAUGGGACCAUUUCCGGCUCCAUAUACGAAAUUUUGGAGCAAAUGUCUAGUAUCAAUGAUGAUGAGUUACCUGCUUAUGAAGAGCUCUAUUUGGGUUUUUUGGAAGAAACAAAGUCAAUUUUACAUAUGGUUAAUGACAACUAUUCAAUCAGGAUUGAUACUUUGUUGAGCACGAGCGAUCGUUCUAUAUCGGAGAUCAACGCAUCGCUAUCGUUAGAUUUGAGAAAGACGGGGGAGAGGUUGGACACCUUAGAAAGUUCAUUGUUGUUGAAUCGCAAUUUAAAAACAGAACUCAUACAUGAUGCAACUGACUACAAAGUACUAUAUCUUCUUCUAGAAAAUUUGAUAGUUGUCUUGCUCAAACUAGUAUGGAUUGUUGUUAAUAUUUAUAAAGGGUUUGCAUUCUUUGUGAAAAUUCUUUGGAAACUAGUUAAACUAUCUAUAACAUGA